AUUCCAGAGUAACAUUGUCAGUCAUUGCCUCACAACCAAUGGUAAGUUUGCAUUGGCUGGACUCGCUGCUGCUCCUCGAGUCCCUCCUCGUGCUGUCCUCGCCGUGCACGCGCGUGGUACCCACGGUCGUGAGGAGGAGGAGGAUGUUGCGCGCGAAGGGGAAAUGGCUGCCGAAAACAAGCCGGAAGGACUGAAGAAAAUUCGUAAUCCGGAUCGAAUGUACAGAUCAGCUGUGUGUUAUGCCGGCCAUGCUCCUCCUAAGAGUAUCAGUGAUGACACAGAGAUGAACAAUGAACAUGGACAUUUGAAAAUAUACCUGCCCAAAAAGCUGCUUGAAUGUCUACCAAAAUGCUCGUCGCUGCCAAAGGAGAGACACAGGUGGAACACCAAUGAGGAGAUUGCAGCUUACUUGAUAACGUUUGAAAAGCAUGAGGAAUGGCUAACGACGUCCCCUAAAACAAGGCCACAGAAUGGGUCGAUGAUCUUGUACAACAGGAAGAAGGUGAAGUACAGGAAGGACGGCUACUGCUGGAAGAAGAGGAAAGAUGGGAAGACCACGCGGGAGGAUCACAUGAAGCUCAAAGUCCAGGGAGUGGAGUGUCUGUAUGGCUGUUACGUCCACUCCUCCAUCAUCCCCACUUUCCACCGCAGGUGCUACUGGCUGCUCCAGAACCCUGACAUCGUGCUCGUCCACUACUUGAAUGUGCCGGCGAUAGAGGAUUGUGGGAAGCCAUGCGGGCCAAUCCUGUGCUCCAUCAACACGGACAAGAAGGAGUGGGCCAAGUGGACCAAGGAGGAGCUGAUUGGCCAGCUCAAGCCCAUGUUUCAUGGCAUCAAGUGGACUUGCAGCAACGGGAACAGCAGCUCUGGCUUCUCAGUGGAGCAGCUGGUGCAGCAGAUUCUGGACAGCCACCAAACCAAGCCAACUCCCCGGACCCACAACUGCCUCUGCACAGGCACCCUGGGCGCAGGGAGCAGUGUGCACCACAAGUGCAACAGUGCCAAACACCGCAUCAUCUCCCCCAAGGUGGACCCCCGUGGAGGCUACAGCAGCGGUCACUCUGAGGUCCAGAACAACGACGUGUCCGAGGGCAAGACCGAGCACAGCAGCCAUGGAGGGGGGGGGGAAAGUUAUGGAGGGGGAGGGGGCAGCGCCAGGGAGAAACGCAACGGCAAGAUUCCCAAGCCUGUUCUCCUGCACCAGAACAGCACGGAGGUGUCCUCUACCAACCAGGUGGAGGUCCCUGACACCACCCAGAACUCCCCCGUGUCUAUCAGCAGCGGGCUGAACAGCGACCCAGACAUGGCUGACAGUCCCGUGGUGACGGGCAUGGGCCACGUGGCUUCCGUCCUGUCCAGCCUGUCCCAGAGUGUAUUCAUGUCCGAGGUAACCGGGGACCCCGGCUACAGCAUGUCCCCCAAUGGGGGCCCCAACGCCCACCUCAUGGGCCCCGACGCAGCCUCCCAGGGACUGGUGUUGUCCGGUGUGGUGGCAGACAACCACAAGUUUGCCUUCCCCAGCGGAGGGGCUGGGGAGGAUCCCGGGGGGGCAGGGGGAGCAGAUGGGCUGUCCAUGCUGUCUGCAGCCGGUGUGUCUGAGGAGCUGGUCCUGUCCAGCAGCCUGGAUGCCGGAGGCAUGAAGAUACCUGAGACCACCAUGAACUUUGACCCUGACUGCUUCCUCAACAACCCCAAGCAGGGCCAGACCUACGGGGGCAGCAGGCUGAAGGGGGGCGGCAGCUCCUCCUCUUCCUCCUCUUCCUCCAAUGGCACCAACGGCAGUAUGCAGCGCUCUCCAUCCAUGUCAGACUCUGGAUACAGCUUCAACUCUGCUCUGGUGAAGAACAUCAAGACGGAGGACAUGUCCUUCGAGCAGCAGCUGGCCACAGAGCAGGGCUAUCAGGUGGGGGCGGUGGUGAGCUGUGGAGGAGGUGGAGCUGGUUCCUCUGGGACUGUUUCAGCGCAGGGCUCCCUCGGCCUGACCCCGGCUGGCUCUCUGCUGCCCUCUGGAGGAGGCCUGAGCCCCAGCACCACCCUGGAGCAGAUGGACUUCAGCGCCAUCGAUGCCAAGCAAGAAUACUCCUCCGGGGCUGGGUCAGUGGGCUAUGGCCAGGCUAUGAACAGCCCCCACCUCUCCCACCAGAGCCACUCGCCCAGCUUCUUCCUCCAGGACACCCAGCAGUCCGGCCAGGCCCAGCAGGGCAGGUCCUCCAUGGGCCAGAAGACUCAUCUGAUGGAGCACAACUCCCACGACUCCACAGCCUACAUGGGCCUGCAGGUGGUCAAGACGGACUCCCCUGGCAUUAACGGCCACCUCCAUCACCACCACCAGAGCCACCACAGGGCCAACUGCAACGGGGGCUCCCCCACCGAGGGGCCAGGGCAGGGGCCUGGGUCUCUCCAGCUUCUACAGUACCAGGGGGGCUUCCCUGGGCUGGGGCCAGAGCAUGAGGAGGUGGUGGGUCUGGAGCAACCAGGCAGCGUGGGCUCAGGCCAGGCAGGGGGAACAGAGAAUGGAGAGGGCCUACUGAAGCCUGGGGAUCACCUCCAGGCCUGUGGAGGAGGCAACCCAGAGGGAGGAGGGACAGAGCACUACCUGCAGCAGGCCAACGGUGGAGGAGGUCAGGGAGGCGGAGGAGGAGGGGAAGGAGUGACCAUGCAUAACGGAAAUGGCAUCAACAACGACGGCAGCAACCGCUCACAGCAGCAGCAGCAGCUGCAGCCCCUCCUCCAGGGGGCUGGGAUGGUCCAGGGCCUUUACAACACCGUGGGGCCCCACCAGGGCCUGGGCGGAUCGGGCUCUAACGGGGGAGCAGGAGGGGGAGGCAUGGAGAUCAGCCUGGACCACUUCGACAUCUCCUUUGGAAACCAGUUCUCUGACCUCAUAAAUGACUUCAUCUCUGUGGACGGUAGUGGAACCAACAUGGCUGCCGGGGGAGCUCUUUACAACCACCAGCUGGUGGCCAACCACGGCUCAGAGGGUCAGGCCACGCCUAGUGGGGCUCCCCAGCAGGGCCAGGAGGACGGAGGGGUAGGAGGGGCCCGGGGGGCAGGAUACAGCCCCUCAGAGCUCUGUCUCCAGCCCUGCUGCAGCCCUCAGUCUCUGGGUGCCGGGGCUGGGGGUGCAGGGACGGAGUCAGGCUCUCUGGCAUACAUGGACGUGGCGGAGGUGGUGUCUGCAGCCGUGGCCCACGGGGCUCUGGGGAUGUUGCAGGCCACAGGGAGACUCUUCAUGGUCACUGACUACUCGCCCGAGUGGUCCUACCCUGAGGGAGGAGUGAAGGUGCUCAUCACUGGUCCAUGGCAGGAGGCCAGCUCUAACUACAGCUGCCUGUUUGAUCAGAUAUCUGUCCCUGCCUCUCUCAUCCAGCCUGGGGUGCUGCGCUGCUACUGCCCAGCUCAUGACACUGGGCUGGUGACACUGCAGGUGACUGCCAGUAACCAGAUCAUCUCUAACUCAGUGGUGUUUGAGUACAAAGCCCGCGCUCUGCCCUCACUGCCCUCUUCACAACAUGACUGGCUCUCACUGGACGAUAACCAGUUCAGAAUGUCCAUCCUGGAGCGCCUGGAGCAGAUGGAGCGACGGAUGGCAGAGAUGGCCUCCCAUCACCAGCAGGGCAGCGGAGGAGGUGCAGGAGGAGGAGGGGGAGCAGGAGCAGGUGGAGGAGGAGGAGGCGGUGGUGGUGGUCACAACAGCCAGACACAGUGUGUGUCAGGGCAGGGGCAGGCGGGCAGCAGCUUUGAGAGCCGUGUGGUGGUGGUGUGUGAGAAGAUGAUGAACCGGGCCUGCUGGGCCAAGUCCAAACAUCUGAUCCACUCCAAGACCUUCAGGGGCAUGACCUUGCUCCACCUGGCCGCUGGGCAGGGCUACGCCACCCUCAUCCAGACACUCAUCAAGUGGCGCACCAAGCAUGCAGACAGCAUUGACCUGGAGUUGGAGGUCGAUCCCCUCAAUGUGGACCACUUCUCCUGCACCCCUCUGAUGUGGGCGUGUGCCCUAGGUCACCUGGAAGCGGCAGUGGUCCUGUAUAAAUGGGACCGACGGGCCCUGGCCAUCCCUGACUCCUUGGGACGCCUGCCCUUGUCCAUCGCCCGCUCCCGCGGCCACACCAAGCUGGCCGAGUGUCUGGAGCAGCUGCAGAGAGAGGAACAGCAACCCCCUGCACCUCUGCCACCCACCACACGCAUGUCCUUCUCCCCCACCCCCCACGACGCUCCCACCUCAGACAGCUGGAUGGUCACAUGGGCCAGCGACGGCGUGAUGGUGCCCGGCGGGAAGAAAGGAGGCUCCACCACGGCCACUUCGAGCAACCUCAACCCAGACUUGAGAAGGCCGCGAUCUGAGCCCUCCAACUACUACAGCAGUGAGUGCCAGCGAGACCUGCCCCUGGCCAAGAAACACAAGCCAAACCCAGAGAUGUUCCAGGCCCGGCCCGACAAGGCCAUGUCUGUCCCACUGAGCCUGGAGCAGCAGCAGCUACACAAGCUGUCCUUCAGCCCCAAGAGCCUGUCCCAUGAGGGCCUCAGCCCAGACAAGAGCCUCUCCAGUGGGGGAAGUGCUGGAGAAUCCGGAGGAACCAAGUGGCGCUCCAGGGAGGGUUUCUCCAGUGGGGGCUCAGGCAGGAAGGGCUCGGGGGGCUCUGGGGGCAGCAGCCUGGGAAAGGAGAAGCUGGCUAGCAGGCUGAGACAGAGGGAACAGCUGGGGAACAUGCUGGUGAUAGCUGAGAGAGAGAUGGUGAGCACUGAGCUGCUGUCCUACAGAGAAGAUCUGGAGAACCAGGACUGUAUGACACAGAUGAAUGACCUGCAGGUGAACAUGAUGACUCUGGCAGAGCACAUCAUUGAGGCGACCCCAGAGAGGAUCAAGAGGGAGAACUUUGUGGCCCUGGACGGGGUGCCUCUGGACAGUACUGGGGUCAGCAACACCAUGAGCUGGUUGGCCAGUUACCUCGGAGACGUGGAACAGCUGCCCAGCAUUAUACAUCUACGAUCUCUGUACAGUGGACCUCUCGCUCCGUCCUCCAGCCCAGGGGGGUCUCCCCUGAGGGAGGGGUCCAUGGGGAGGCCCACCCUGCCCCCCCCGGCCGACUGGAGCGAGUUCCUCCAGGCCUCCAACAGCAAGGUGGAGAGAGACCUGGCCCAGCUCACCCUGUCCGACCCCGAGCAGAGGGAGCUGUACGAGGCCGCCCGUCUAGUCCAAACUGCCUUCCGCAAGUACAAGGGGCGCCCAUUCAGAGAUCAACAGGAAGUAGCUGCGGCCGUCAUUCAGCGUUGUUACAAGAAGUACAAACAGCUUACAUGGAUAGCCUUGAAGUAUGCACUUUAUAAGAAGAUGACGCAGGCCGCCAUUCUUAUCCAGAGUAAGUUCCGCAGCUACCAGGAGCAGAGGAAGUUCCAGCAGAGCAGGCGGGCGGCCGUGCUGAUCCAGCAGUACUACCGCGGCUACAAGGAGUUUGGCAGGCUCAGGCCCCACCGCAGAGGAGCCGCCGCCGCCCUGGUGCAACAUAAACUCAGAAGUAGUCUGCUCUCCAAGAGGCAGGAUCAGGCUGCCAGGAAGAUCAUGAGGUUUCUACGCCGCUGCCGCCACAGCCCCUUGAUGGACCAUAGACUGUUCAAGCGGAGUGAACGAAUCGAAAAGGGCCAAGGAACAUGAGAACCCUCAGAAGAGCCCCCUCACAAUGUGACAUCACUCUCCUCCUUUUCUUUCCCCCCUUUGUACCCAAGACAUUUUACAAGAGAAGAAAAUAAACAGUUCAGUGAAAACACUGCGAUUAUUAUUACAACUAUGACAGCGUGACUGAUUCCACUUCGAUUACAUGUACAACAACAACAGCAUUUUUCACGUUUAUCUAUCGUUGUGUAUGUUGGAGAGUGGCAACUUCUUCUGUAGAAUUCUAAACUAAAGGAGAAGAAGCUGUGGGGCGCAGAACAUUAGCUUCAUGACAUUUUUUGCACUUUUUCAUGGAUUGCUUUGUCUUUUUGGGAGUAUCGGAGUCUAGGUUUUUAGAUGGUAAAGGAAGAGGAAUGUUGGACAUGUGGAAAAUGUCCCUGCCACCAGUGGAUCAAACCAAAAGGAUAAGAUGGAGGACAGCUAGGAUGGAGGACAGCUAGGAUGGAGGACAGAUAGGAUGGAGGACAGCUAGGAUGGAGGACAGACGCCAACCAGAACAUAAGGAAACCUUACAGAAACACAUUGGGACUUGGCUCUAAUUGUAUUUCAUCAUAAAAAAAAAAAAAGGGAACUGAUUCAUCCAUUUGAAGGAGAAAACAUGUCAUCUAAUGAACCAAACAUUCUCGGUAAUAUAUUGAUCCAUUUGCAAACGUACUCUCCCUAUCAACAGUCGGUGAAUACAUUCAGUAUAGUAACUGGAAAUAGAUCAAGCGUCCUUCUGUUACGCUGUGCUCUACUCCGCCAGUCAGUCCGAAGGGGUGGGGCUGCAUCUGAAUGUAGGAGGGGUGUGAGAAGGAAUGGGCGGGGCUUAUUAAAAGAAUGGCUUAUUGUGUUAUCUACGUUUAGGGGGCACUGUGAGGCAAGAGAUAAAGGGGUGUGUUUGUUUUUAAGCUUUUGUAUAUGUUUAAUUCCUCUUUGCUUGAAUCUGUUCCUUGUACCCAUUACCGGGAUAACUGACUCGUCUCCUACAAAAUGAUGUGUUGUCGAUUUUAUCAAAUGUGCAUGCCUAUGGGUGAAGGUCUUCGCCUGCGUGCUUGGAAUUAGGUCUGUAACCUCUGUUUUUCAAUGUUUUGCGUUUGUCUUCAUGUUAAAAUGCAACAGAGUCUCCCAUGUACCCACCUGCUUCCCCAAGAGUCAUUCCUCUAGUUACUGAAUGACACCAACAUUGUCCUCUUGUUAGCUUUUCAUUUGCCUAUUUGUUUCCUCGGUAUUCUAAGAAGAAAGAAAACUUGCCUCUUUUGUGUUGUAAUGAUUACAGUCAUGAAGGUUAUUGUUGUUCUUUUUAAAUGACCUUCAGGGCCUGUGAGGGCUUUUGAGGGGAAGAUCACAUACAUUGCCUUGACAUCUUAGAGAUUCUUCGAGGGGUCCCUAAGCUAGUCCCAAAAUAGGGGUUAGACAAAUCCAUAUUUUUGACAAUUGAGCGGUUUCUGUAUAUAAAGAAGGCUGAAGGUAGGGAAAAACAUUUACCCAAAGGGGAUUGUAUUUUAGAAAUAUAUUAUUUUAUUCAUUAGAAAGGGGUCAAAAACAGGUACGAGACAAAAACAGAAUAUUUGUAUAGUUUUGUUUGAAUGCCUAAGAAGUAUGGUUGUAUUGAUUGUAUAUAGUGUAAAUACCUGGGAUAAAAAUGAGCUAUGUGCAUGAAAAACAUGAACAAAGGUUCAAAAACAAAACACUAAACAAAAGCAGUAGUGGCUAUGCUCUGUAAAAUGAUUCUAACUAUUUCACUAUAAGAGUAUUUUAUUUUAUUUUGAUUGUUCUUGAGAAGAACAUUUUGCUAAAGCAUGACAUUAUUGCGAAUACUAAAAAGUUUUAAAAAAUAUAUAUAAUGUAUUUAGAGAUAGGAGAAAUCUGCGAAAUGAUCUUAAGACAUGUAUGGUUAUGUUUACAUUUUUGUUUUGGGCUACCAAGAAUCUUUUGCCAAUGGUGCCAAGUAAUGUGAAUGCUAUAUUGCUUAACAAGAGAAUUAAGUUAAUCUUAUCAGAACAGAUAAUCAUACAAUGAAAUAGACACUAGCAUUGAAGACCACAAGGUCCCAUCACGACUGGCAGCGAAUCACAGAUAGAGGUACACAUUGCAGAGGGAGAAAUAUUUCUACAGCAACUUUUAAGUCUCCUGUUUCUCAUCCAUUAUCACACGUCAGAACAACCCAAGAUUUGUUUUUGUUGCCAUCAUCACCAAAUACACAGGGAUCACUUUGUCAGUAACAUUUCAAAUGCAAAAGAAUGGUGUGCUUUAGUUUAUCCAUAUGAGAGAAGGGUGGUGGUGUCAAUGUCUCUUAGCAUGUUCGUAUGGAUUGUGUUCAUAUAAAGUUUGUAAAUGGCAACCGUGUCUAUGGGAAUCUCAGCCCUGUUUGUUGUUGUUGUUUAUAGUUGAGGUUGAUUGAACAUGUGUUUCAUAGGACAAACUCACGGGUGAUGAAAUAGACGAUAUCAACUUAUCAAACUGCUGACACAAGACAUUUGUUUUUACGUUUGGGCUGGAAGCUUAACUUUACCAAGGCCUGUCAGGGUCUGGACAGCCCAGAGUCAACAUGUAAUGUGGCCAACAGUGAAUGAUGUGUAGCAUCGCUGGCAUUCUUUGUAAAAGGAAACGAGUCAUUUGCCUGCAGAAGCAACACUUUAAACAAUCGAAAGUGCAACAACAACAAAAGAGAACGGAUGGGGUUAUGGUGAAACACAUGAACCAUUAUGGAUCGUUGCAGCUAAGUCAAUGAGCCAAAAGGAGGGAUCUGUAAGCGUAACAAGAUGCACCACUACUAUUAUAGCAACUUCUGAGGAAGAAUACAAUGUAUGUGUCUGGUUCCUAAUGGGGUAUGUGAGGGCAGUGUUUGAAAGAUGAUGAAAUGAAAUGUGGGAAGUGGGAACAGACCCACUGAUACCAGUUGAUUAUACUGUAUCUGUGAAUGCAUGAUAGAGACUAUCCAAUGGUAUUCAAUCCUAGGCCAUAAGUGUCUGCUGGUUCUUGCAGUUUUGCUGAUAUAUAUUAUAUUCCUAUAAGAACAUGCCAUUGGACAAUUACAUGUUGUUGUUUUAAAUGCUGAAAUGCAUCUCAAGACACUGUUGGCUGUUCUGAUGUUUUUGUUUUUAUGUACUUCUGGGUUUAUUUCUCUGUAUGUUUGUGUUUAUUUCACAGAGACUUGCUAUGUAAACCUAUUUUCAGAGUGUUUAUGUAGAAAGUGCCUAAUCAUAUCCCGAUUGAUCGCACAAAGCCAAUGUCAGGAAGCAUGCAAGGUACCUAAGGAGGAAAACAUGGCUUUGGAGAUACCAAUAGCAACUGAUCCAUAAUUCUUUAGGACUACUGUAUAUCAAGUACAUACAAUAUAUCAAUCCAAAACCAUCACCAAAAUCAUUCCAGUGACAGUGUUCCCUUAACCCACGGAGCGCAUUCCAUCUUGUCAACAUUCUAAGCGUUUUCAUUUUCUAUUGGAACUGCCUGUUGAAACCAUGAGAAUUAGAUUCCAUAACUUCUGUGGUUUUAUUGCCUUGCAUUCGUCAUUCUGGUAGUGGUAAGAAUGCCAGCCAAUACACUGCUGUGGCCAUAUGAGAAGUUUUUAUUAUGCUUGCAUGGGUAACAUAGUUAACUGGGUGACUGAACUGCACCCAAAGCAUGCUUAUUUUUCUAGAAUCGGUAGUUAGACUUUUAAAGACUUGCUGUUCUGUAAAACGAAGAACGUUGGUUUGACGUGUCACAGAACUCUGAAAGACGGAGGGCAUGUGAUUGGAGGGAAGAGGAGAACCCUUCAAAUACAAACUAUGAUCAAUCUGCAGUAUUUACUGACCAUAUUUCCAGGGGUAGCAUGAGGGCAAGUUUUUCUAGAAGCAAGUUGAAACUUUUUUUUAACACAUUUUAUUUUUCAUUCAUUUGGAUAUAGAGAUGGUGUGCUCUCAACUUCAAAUACCUGAACAGUUCGGACACUCUUUUGGCAGUGUACUGCAAGUAUUAUACUAGACAACAAUACACACACACACAGGCAACAGUACACUGCACUGGACAUAUCCAGAUAUGCAGAUAGGUAUGUCAAGGCACAGUCAGUCUCACUUGUACACAGUUCAGCAGAUGGAGCUCAUAAUUGUGUUAUUUUCCUAGCCUGCUCCUAGUCCUAGGGAACGGCUCACCUCCCUUCCGUCUUUUACUCAGGGUGCCAAAAUGGGGAGGAGGAAGUGGAGCAGGACACUGAUUGGUGAUUCACUGCAGAGAGAGAGGACAUACUGUAUUGAAGUAGGAUAGGAAGAUGCAACACCCCUCAACAGAACUUUCUGGUCAAGCCAGGCAAAGGAUUACUAUGAUCCUGGAUACAUUACUGUUAUCCAUUUCCUCUCAGAUAAGUAAGCUGAACUGAGGAGAGAUGUAAGGACACUAAAUCAAAAAUAGGGGAUACAAAACUUUGUAGUGUAGCUAAUUAUAAUUGAGACAAGUUGAUCACAAUUGACAGUACGGUCAAUUAUUUCUGUCUUGGCUAUAGCUCAGACAGAAAGGAGUUUGCAUUAUGGGACACUAUGGCUUGAAGUCUAAUGGAAAUGCUUCACUUUCUUUUCUAGGCUAUGCUAAUGAGUAUAGUAACAUUUCAACCUUUGACCUCCUCUGACUUGAUGUUUCUCAGUAAAACAAGGACUUGCUAUGUAAUAGUAUCACACACAGCUUCAAAUAGUCUUUGGAGUUAUUCUCAGUUCUACAUUUCAUCUCAUUUAAGAUAUGGGUGAUGACAUGUUGAAACAUUUGAGUGGGGUCUUCCUGAGACUGUUGAAGAUGACCAGAUGUUAAAGGGACAGUUGUUUCAGAAAAAAGCCCUUCAGGAAUGGCUGACAGCCAUUCUCUGGGUGGUAUGACAGGUUAGCUAUAGAAACAGGCACUUCAUAUGGAUUUGAUUACCUUCAUUACACUCUGCUAAUUGACCCGAGGGACUAGCUUUCCUCCUCUACCUUUGUCAAUGCACCCAAACUACUGAAAUGGAGGCACAUCAGGACCACAGAGCAGAAACCAUCUCACAACGUUUUCCACUUGUGGACACAGAGCAAUAAGCAUUAUUUUGUGGAGACCUAUAGACCUAGUGAAGAUAGAAAAUGAUUGGACACAUUUAGUUGACGUACUCUUAUGCAAAUGCCAGUAUUGCAAGACAAGCAUUCAGUAGUUUAUGGACAGCAAUUAUAUG